CGUGGGCUGUAGGAUUGGGUUGUGGAGGGGACGGCGUGUCCUGCAGAGCGCUCCGGAGAACCGCCGCGUUUGGCUGCCGGCUCCCGCCCUCGCCAUGGCCCCCGCAGAGGUCCUUAGCGGCAAAGUCGUCUCCGCGCAAGUGAGAGAGAGAUUGAAGAAGCAAGUUGCUGAGAUGAAGGAGAAGUUUCCAGGUUUCACACCAGGACUUGCGAUUUUGCAGGUUGGAAAUCGGGAUGAUUCGAACCUCUACAUUAAUAUGAAGCUGAAGGCUGCUGCUGAGAUUGGGAUCAGUGCCAAUCAUAUAAAACUGCCAAACACAGCAACAGAAGCUGAGGUCCUCAAGUGCAUCUCGUCUUUGAAUGGAGACCCUGCUGUUCAUGGCUUUAUAGUGCAGCUGCCCCUUGACUCUGAUAAACCUAUCAAUACUGAAAAAAUAACCAAUGCUGUUGCACCUGAGAAGGAUGUAGAUGGCUUAAGUAGCAUCAAUGCUGGGAAACUGUCUAGAGGAGACCUUGGAGACUGCUUUAUUCCCUGUACUCCAAAAGGAUGCAUGGAACUUAUCAGACAGACAGGCAUCCAGGUUACAGGGAAACGAGCUGUAGUGGUUGGUCGCAGUAAGAUCGUUGGUGCUCCUAUGCAUGACCUGCUGCUCUGGAAUCAUGCAACAGUAACCACUUGCCAUUCAAAGACCUCAACUCUGGCUGAGGAGGUUGCUAAAGCUGAUAUCCUGGUGGUUGCAGCUGGCAAAGCUGAAAUGGUGAAAGGUGAAUGGAUCAAACCUGGUGCAAUUGUAAUAGACUGUGGAAUUAACCAUGUGCCAGAUAGCACAAAGGCCAGUGGAAAAAGAGUUGUAGGAGAUGUGGCAUAUGCAACAGCAAAAGAGAAAGCUUCUUAUAUUACUCCAGUUCCUGGUGGUGUUGGACCAAUGACUGUGGCCAUGUUAAUGCAGAGUACAGUGGAGAGCGCGCAGCGUUUUCUGGAGAAAUUCCAGCCUGGAAAAUGGAGCAUCCAAUACAACCAACUUACCCUAAAGAUGCCUGUUCCAAGUGAUAUCAAAAUAUCACAGUCAUGCAUACCCAAGCCCAUUAAUCAAGUUGCAAAAGAAAUUGGUCUUCUCCCUGACGAAAUAGAGCUGUAUGGCCAAACUAAAGCCAAGGUUCAUCUGUCAGCUCUGAAACGUCUGAAGAACCAGCCUGAUGGCAAAUACGUCGUUGUUACUGGGAUUACUCCCACACCUCUGGGAGAGGGGAAAAGCACCACCACCAUAGGUCUUGUUCAAGCCUUAGGAGCGCACCUGCACCAGAAUGUCUUUGCUUGUGUUCGGCAGCCAUCUCAGGGGCCAACUUUUGGUAUAAAAGGAGGAGCUGCUGGAGGUGGCUAUUCUCAAGUUGUUCCCAUGGAAGAGUUUAACCUUCACCUCACUGGUGACAUCCAUGCUAUCACUGCAGCGAACAACCUGGUUGCUGCUGCUGUGGACACACGUAUGUUCCAUGAGCUAACUCAGAGCGACCAGGCCCUCUAUAACCGUUUGGUGCCUUCUGUCAACGGAGUCAGGAAGUUCUCAGAGAUUCAAAUCCGAAGACUACAAAAAUUGGGCAUUAGCAAAACUGAUCCUGCAGCCUUGACAGGGGAGGAAGUAAACUUAUUUGUGAGAUUGGACAUCGAUCCGGCCACCAUAACAUGGCAAAGAGUACUGGAUACAAAUGACAGGUUCCUUAGGGGAAUCACUAUUGGACAGUCUCCAACAGAAAAAGGCUUUUCACGAACGGCUCAGUUUGACAUCACAGUGAGCAGUGAAAUCAUGUCAGUUUUAGCACUCUCUGACAGCCUGGAUGACAUGAAAAAGCGGCUGGGCAGAAUGGUAGUAGCUUCCAGCAAGAGAGGAGAACCGGUUACAACAGAUGACCUUGGAGUGACUGGUGCUCUGGCUGUCUUGAUGAAAGAUGCUGUUAAGCCAAACCUCAUGCAGACGCUAGAGGGAACUCCUGUGUUUGUUCAUGCAGGACCUUUUGCCAAUAUUGCACAUGGGAAUUCUUCAGUGUUGGCAGACAAAAUAGCACUGAAGCUUGUGGGUAGAGAGGGUUUUGUUGUUACAGAAGCAGGAUUUGGUGCAGACAUAGGCAUGGAGAAAUUCUUUAACAUUAAGUGUCGUUAUUCUCAUCUCCGGCCUAAUGUGGUGGUGUUGGUUGCAACUGUCCGAGCUCUGAAAAUGCAUGGAGGAGGGCCUGCAGUCACUUCUGGGAUGCCCUUGCCAAAAGAGUACACGGAAGAGAAUCUUCAGCUGUUGGCAAAAGGUUGCAGUAACCUAAGCAAACAAAUCCAGAACGCUCAGCUGUUCGGUGUCCCAGUAGUAGUGGCUGUCAAUGCUUUCAAGACAGAUACAAAGGCUGAACUGGCUCUUCUAGUACAACUGGCAAAAGAAGCAGGAGCAUUCGAUGCUGUGGAGUGCACUCACUGGGCAGAGGGUGGUAAAGGAGCUGUUGCAUUGGCUCAGGCUGUUCAGAGAGCAUCACAGGCACCCAGCAACUUCAGGUUCCUCUAUAAUGUAGAGCUCCCUGUUGUAGAUAAAAUCAGAAUUAUUGCACAGCAGAUCUAUGGGGCAAGUGACAUUGAGCUGCUUCCAGAAGCACAGGAGAAAGUCGCUGUGUACACUAAGCAGGGCUUUGGAAACCUGCCAAUCUGCAUGGCUAAAACUCACUUAUCAUUGUCUCACGACCCUGAACAGAAAGGAGCACCUACAGGCUUUAUUCUGCCAAUCCGAGACAUUCGGGCCAGUGUUGGUGCUGGGUUCCUGUACCCACUGGUUGGAACGAUGAGCACUAUGCCAGGACUUCCUACAAGACCCAGCUUUUAUGAUAUCGACUUGGACACAGUGACAGGAGAAGUGAAUGGGCUCUUCUGAAAAGAAUUUGUGACCAAAGCUAGGUGUCACCUUCAGCUCCCAGAAGAACACCUGAUGAGUCAUGUAAAUGAAACUAUUCACUGAUCUUUUUUGAAGUCAAAACAAGAUAUGACUGAGAAUACAGUGCAAGAAGUGAAAAGAAGAGUGCUAAAGGAUAGAAGACUUAUUUUUAAUCAGUAAUAAUUCUUAAAGUACUGUUUUCCAAGCUAGUUGAAACUAAGUAUAUAAAGUAUAUUUCCUGUACAACCUUCCUGCUUCAUAACUGUAGCUCGAGCAAAAUACAGAAGCUUGUGUUUAGUGAUCUCUUAGAACCACAGAAUCAUUUCAGUUGGAAAAGACUUUCAGGAUCAUCAAGUCCAGCCAGCUAAAGGACAAACUUUAACUAAGACAGUGAGCACACAAAGGAGAAAAGAUACCUUUAUACGAUCUCACCUUGAUUCGGUGAGAUUUUAGUAAUUAAAAACCCUACAGCUGGAGCUGUUUGAAACAGUCUUGGGACCUGGCUGUCUUAACAGUAGGCAUAGAUUAUCUUGGGAGGUCUCACACGCUAUUAUAAUAUUCCUACUUGUCAUCCUGAAUUCUGUAUCCCAUUUCUCACACUAUGGGAGGAUUUGCUGUGCUUUGAAAUCACACCAGUUUCUUUUAAAAGCGGGAACAAGGAAGAAUCCUUUUGUCAUUUCUUAGCAGGAGUGCUCACCCUGGCUUCUGCUGUGAAUUACCCCUGCAGACACCUGAGCCAUGCCAGAUUUCUCUUUUAGAAAGCCCAGCUGUGACUGCUGUAAUUCUUACCACUGGAAACAGAACUUCUGAGUGUCGGGUCUGUUGAGACCUCUCUGGGCUGUAGCCAUGGCUUCUGCCAAAAGUGUCCUUUGAACCAUGUUUUGCUCAGCAAUAAGUACAGUUAGGCCAUUGAGAAGCCUUGUUUUCUAUGGUACCUUUUGGGUGAACAGAAGCCACGUGAGCAGUGAUUGAGUCAUUUGUAGUAGGCUAGAAAAAAGGCCAGAAAUCAUUUUGUAACAGAAAUAGAGUUUCUGCCAAAUUUUUAACUAAUACAAAUAAAGGGUAAAAACUUCAAA